UUGACCCAAACCAUAAAGGAAAAAAAAAAAAUAACAAAGCAAGGGAAGAAGAAAAGUCUUCCACUCUCUCCAAAAAAGCUUUGCAAGUUUUAAAGAGCAGCCAGAAAACCAGAGCCUGGCUUCCUUGUUUUGUGUGUCUGUGUCUUCCAAGAUUCUGCUGAGGCCUUAGGGGAAUAUAUUGUGCAUCUCUAUGUGUGGUGUUUCCAAGGAGAAACUUUCUCAAAUUGGUUUGAACAUGGAGGAUGAGUAUGGAAAAGAAGGGAUGCAUCAAAAAAUUUCUCUUUUGCUUGAGUUUUCAGCUGCAGAUGAUCUAAUUGGCUUCAAAGAUGCGGUUGAAAAGGAGGGUCAUGAUGUUGAUGGGGUUGGCUUGUGGUAUGGAAGGCGUGUUGGCUCAAAGAAAUUAGGUUAUGAAGAAAGGACACCUCUCAUGGUUGCUUCUAUGUUUGGAAGCCUUGGUGUAUCAGCUUAUAUUGUUGGAACAGGUCGUGUCGAUGUUAACCGGGCUAGUAGGUCAGAUGGGGCUACUGCUCUUCAUUGUGCUGUUGCUGGGGGUUCUGCUGCUUCAGCUGAGGUUGUCAAGCUUUUGCUUGAUGCAUCUGCUGAUGUUAGUGUUGUUGAUGCCAACGGUAACCGGCCCUUUGACUUGAUUGUUUCUGUGGUGAAUUCAAUCUUCAAUCCAAGGGCAAGGUUACUACAGGCCCUGCUGGAAGGCACAGAUGGUGCUGAUCAGGCAUGUCUCAUGCUUCCGGAAGUGAUUGAUCAAAUUGAGGAACAAAAGCAAGAUAUGAUCACACCUCGUCUUUCAAAGGAUUAUCCUGUUGAUCUGUCCCUUCCAGACAUAAAGAAUGGGAUAUAUGGUACCGAUGAGUUUAGGAUGUAUUCAUUCAAAGUGAAGCCUUGUUCAAGGGCGUAUUCUCACGAUUGGACCGAGUGCCCCUUUGUUCAUCCAGGGGAGAAUGCAAGGCGACGUGAUCCCAGGAAAUAUCAUUACAGCUGCGUCCCUUGUCCUGAGUUUCGGAAGGGCUCUUGCAGCAAGGGUGAUGCCUGUGAGUAUGCACAUGGUAUAUUUGAGUGCUGGCUUCACCCUGCACAGUAUCGGACUCGGCUUUGCAAGGAUGAGAGUGGAUGCACAAGGAGAGUUUGCUUCUUUGCUCACAAGCCUGAGGAGCUUCGCCCCUUGUAUGCUUCUACCGGUUCUGCUAUUCCCUCUCCCAGGUCAUCAUAUUCUGCUAGUGCUUCUGCAUUGGAGAUGGGUUCGGUUAGCCCAAUUGCACUUGGUUCUCCAUCUGUCAUGAUGCCACCAACAUCAACACCUCCUUUGACUCCAUCUGGAGCAUCUUCUCCAGUUACUGGAUCCAUGUGGUCUCAAGCCAAUGUAUCUGUUCCUAUGCUGCAGCUUCCGAAAAGCAGAUUGAAGACUGCAUCAACUGCAAGAGAUAUUGAUUCAGAUAUUGAACUGCUGGGGCUUGAAAUUCAUCGACGUAGGCAGCAGCUAAUGAUGGACGAGAUAUCAAGUCUUUCCUCUCCUUCCAACUGGAAAAAUUCCGUGCCUAAUAGUCCAUCUUUUCCUGUUUCUUUGAAUGAUCAUGCUGGGGAAUUAAACAGGCUUUCAGGGGUGAAGCCUGCUAACCUUGAUGACAUCUUUGGAUCACUUGAUCCAUCAGUUUUGUCAAAAUUCCAUGGAAUGUCACUUGAUGUUACAGGAUCUCAGUUACAAUCUCCAACCGGAAUCCAGAUGCGUCAGAAUGUGAACCAGCAGCUAGGUGGCUAUUCUUCCAGCCUUUCCUCUUCAAAUAUGAGUGGUUCGCGGUCCUUUAGGGUUGAUCAUCCAUCCGGCGAAGCAGCCAAAGCGGCCUUGAAUCCAAGAGCUGCUGCCUUUACAAAGCGAAGCCAAAGCUUCAUUGAGCGCAGUGUGGUGAACCAUCAUUCCGAGCUUCCUUCUCCAAAGCCCUCUAACUUGUCUAACUGGGGCUCACCUGAUGGAAAACUGGAUUGGGCCAUAAAUGGAGAAGAGCUGAAUAAGCUGAGGAAAUCUGCUUCCUUUGGAUUUCGAAGCAGCAACAGUCCUCUAACCAAAGGGCCAGCAAAUGUUGAUGAUGAGCCAGAUGUGUCUUGGGUUAACUCACUUGUGAAGGAUGCUCCACAGGAAUCCGGUGAAUAUGGCAUUGAAGAUCAGCUAACGCAGCUGCCAUGCCACAAUGGAACAGAUGCAAUUCCUGCAUGGUUGGAGCAAUUGUACUUGGAGCACGAAAUGGUGGCCUGAUUGCAAUUUCGUGUCUGGGCGGUGGCUCUUCUUGGUUCUUGCAACUCAAAUGUUUAUUACUUUAUUUAUUUUAUGAUAUUUUUUGAAUUUUAUAGAAUUUAUUAGUUAGAUGACAAUUUGCAAAAGGAUGGUAAUUGGUAAAACAAUCUACAAGGCUAGGAUAUAUAGAAGUUGGGCAGGACGCAAGUUUUCUGCUGCAGUAACUAACUGUUACUGGUUUAAUUAAUUCCAUUUUUUUCCUGAUCUUUUAUGUUCUAUUGAGUUGUAAGGUGUAACUUUCCGUUGACAGAAUUACAACGAUGUAGUGGUGAUAUAGUAUUCAAUAUAAUGAGACUGGAUAUGUAAUAUUUUAUUAAUGCCAAUUCUCAAUUUGCAUGUCACA